GAGCUGACCACGUCACAGAAGAGUGGUGGAAACGUCCUUCGGAUGAUGUAUGAGAAACCAGAGAGGUGGUCUUUCACUUUCCAGACCUAUGCGUGUCUCAGCAGGGUCCGGGCUCAGCUCAGAUCCCUUGAUGGCAAACUCAGGGAGGCUGAGAAUCCUGUGGUCUUCUUCGAGCGAUCUGUCUACAGUGACAGAUACAUCUUUGCAGCUAAUUUAUAUGAGUCCGAUUGCAUGAACGAAACCGAAUGGACUAUUUACCAAGACUGGCAUGACUGGAUGAAUAAGCAGUUUGGUCAAAGCCUAGCUCUGGAUGGGAUAAUUUAUCUCAGAGCCACUCCUGAGAAAUGCUUAAAUAGGAUUUACUUGCGUGGAAGAGAUGAAGAGCAAGAAAUUCCCAUUGAAUAUCUGGAGAAGCUUCACUACAAACACGAAAGUUGGCUUCAGCAUAGGACGCUGAGAACGGAUUUUGAAUAUCUACAGGAAAUACCUAUUUUAACAUUGGAUGUUAAUGAAGACUUCAAAGGCAAAAAGGACAAAUAUGAUCACAUGACUGAAAAGGUCAAAGAAUUUUUGAGCACGUUAUAAUCUUCUCUGAAGCACAGGCAGAGUCAAACUGUUCCAAACAUCUGUGCAAUCAAAGCCUGAAGUGCAGCUUCUGCUUUUAUAGAAGGCCUCUGGAGAGGCAAGGCUCAGUCUUGUUGAUCUAAUUGUGAGGAACAAGCAACCUUUGUGAAUAGGGAAAUUAUUGAAUAAAUCAGUAGGUUUCUUCAGAAUUACAUUAA